AUGCCAUCUGAAUAUUCUGGUGAACGUCGUUCCUCCUAUUCACAUUAUUCAAUGUCUCAAAAAAAUAAUGAAAAACCAGUUAUAUCGAGAGAAGAAGAUCAACAAACUCAAACAUGGCAUCAGCCGAUUAGAAAUAAUGAAUCACAAUCUUCAUUAGCAUCCUAUCAUAGUCGUUCGUCACUAUUAGAUGAUUUAGAUAGUAGAAGAAUAUUAAAUCGACCACCGCAAUUUGAUUUGACUGAAGAUUGGAAAAGUCGGUCACAUUCACAAUCGAAAACAAAUCUAAGUCAUUAUGGUAGUCAACAAUCAUUUAAAUCACCAUAUUAUCUUGGAUCACAGAGACAAGAACAACGACCACUAUGUGGUUUAACUGAAGACUGGAAAAGGCGGUCACAUUCACAAUCGACAACAAACCUAAGCCAUUAUGGUAGUCAACAAUCAUCUAAAUCACCAUAUUAUCUUGGAUCACAGAGACAAGAACAACGACCACUAUGUGGUUUAACCGAAGACUGGAAAAGGCGGUCACAUUCACAAUCGAGAACAAACCUAAGUGAUUAUAGCAGUCAACAAUCAUUUAAAUCACCAUAUUACCUUGGCUCACAGAGACAAGAACAACGACCACAAUCACAAUAUAUUCCGAUAGCACGACAAAAUAAUUCAUCAUCUUCUUUUCAACAGCAACAAAGAAAAGCAAAAUGUUCCUCCUAUUAUGAUCAACGAGAAUCAUCCUAUUCACAAGCAACAAAUGAUGGAAACAUUGGUGGUAAUAACAGUUAUUUUAUGAGGCAUAUUCCAGUUGCUCAAACAUCAUCGCAUAAUUUAUUAAAACAACAUCAAUACCAAUCUGAUAUACCAUAUUAUCCUGGUUUUAAAUUUCAAAUGGUCCCAGGCACAAGUCCAUUUGAUAUGAGCGCCUAUGUCACAAAUCCAUCUGGUCAUGUUGAAAAUUGUGAAAUAAUUGAUUUAGAUGAUUGUAAUUAUUCAAUUAAAUUUGUUCCAAAACAAAUGGGUGUACAUACAGUUAGUGUCAAACAUAAAGAUAUGCAUAUUCCUGGAUCUCCAUUUGAAUUUACUGUGGGUCCAAUAGCUGGAGGUGGAGCACAUAAAGUUCGUGCAAGUGGAAGUGGACUAGUCCGAGGAGAAGUGAAUACACAAAGUGAAUUUAAUAUUUACACACGAGAAGCAGGUGCUGGCAGUUUAGCCAUUGCAGUCGAAGGACCAGCAAAAGCGGAAAUUGACUUUUUUGAUAGAAAAGAUGGAUCAUGUGGAGUAUCUUACGUUUGUCCAGAACCAGGAGAAUACCAAGUAUCAAUCAAAUUUAAUGAUGAACAUAUUCCAGAUUCUCCAUUCACAGUGAAUGUAUCACCUCCAAUUGGUGAUGCUAAAAAACUCACAAUACACAGUCUGAAAACAAAAGGACUUGAAGUAAACAGACCUUGCACAUUUACCGUAAAUGUCAAUGGAGCGCGCGGACGAUUAGAUGCACGUGUAACAGCUCCGAGUGGUGCAGAAGACACUUGUCUCGUUCAAGAAAUGGGCGAUGAACAUUAUGCAAUUCGAUUUAUCCCAAAAGAAAAUGGUGUUCAUUGGGUACAUGUAAGAUUUAAUGGACGAGAUAUUCCAGACUCACCAUUCAGAGUUGUUGUUGGACAUGCAAAUGCAGAUCCAGGACGAGUUUUUGCAAGUGGACCUGGUCUUUAUCGUGGUGAAACAGGAAAACCAUGUGAAUUUUUAAUUGAUACAAUGAAUGCAGGAGCAGGUGCUCUUGCUGUAACCGUUGAUGGCCCAUCUAAAGUACAACUUGAUUGUAAAGAAGUAUCAGAAGGAUAUCGUGUAACAUUUACUCCGACAGCCCCAGGAGAUUAUUUAAUUACAAUCAAAUUUGCUGGCAUUAACAUUGGUGGAAGUCCCUUCAAAAAUACUGUAACUGGUAUUGGUAUGACUAGUCAUACAAGUGGUGGUUUAAGUACAUCAUCAUCAUAUUCUCAAAGACAACAAAAUAUUUCUAAUAUAAUAUUUGAAACUGUUGAAAGAUCAUUAUCAUCCAGUCAUCUAUCUUCUAUGCAACGUUCAAUGCAAUCUGAUGCUGGAAAAGUUCGAGUGAAAGGACAAGGAUUACAAAGAGCAUUUAGAAAUGAAAAAGCCUCAUUUACUGUUGAUACUCGAGAUGCUGGAAGUGCAAUGUUAAUGGUGGGUGUCUAUGGACCAAAAUAUCCAUGUGAAGAAGUAUUUAUCAAACAUAUGGGAAAUAAUCAAUAUAAUGUAUCGUAUACAGUGAGAGAAAAAGGAGAAUAUAUGUUAAUUGUAAAAUGGGGCGAUCAACAUAUUCCCGGCUCACCAUGGCAUAUUGAAGUUGUAUAA